GAAGCGUCUGGGAUCAAGCUCGGGAGGACCUCUUUUCUCUGGAAUAAUUUACAAGUGUCUGACAGAGCUGCUGGUGAAGUGGGUUGGUAGGAGUGGCUGAUGCGCUGGCAGCCUGCUUUGCAUGAAGUUAGUGGCUGCAGCUUGGAUAUUUCCUGUCAGCCGCACACAGCCGAGGCGAGGGCGGAGGAGACGAGGAGAGGGAUGGCAGAGAACAGCUCCGAGACAAGCAGCGCCGUUCACCGGAGAUGUUUGGCCCAUUCUCCGGCGGAGAGAAACAUUUCAGCCGGUGUUGGGGCAUCGAAAUGGAUUCGACUAAACGUCGGUGGGACGUAUUUUUUAACAACGAGACAGACGCUGUGUAGAGAUCCAAAAUCAUUUCUGUACAGACUGAGCCAAGCUGACCCCGAGCUCGACUCCGACAAGGAUGAAACUGGUGCCUAUCUCAUAGACCGAGACCCUGCAUACUUUGGGCCAGUGCUUAACUACUUGAGGCAUGGCAAACUGGUGCUCAACAGGGACUUGGCAGAGGAAGGUGUGCUAGAAGAAGCCGAAUUCUACAACAUCACAUCAUUAAUAAAGCUCCUCAAGGACAAGAUCAGGGAACGCGACUGUAAAACAUCACAGGUUCCAAUGAAGCAUGUGUACCGGGUGCUGCAGUGCCAGGAGGAGGAGCUGACACAGAUGGUGUCUACCAUGUCUGACGGCUGGAAGUUCGAACAGCUGGUCAGCAUAGGCUCAUCUUACAACUACGGAAACGAAGACCAAGCCGAGUUCCUGUGUGUAGUCUCCAAGGAGCUGCACAAUCAAUCGUACGGGACAAACAGUGAGCCCAGUGAGAAGGCCAAGAUCCUGCAGGAAAGAGGUUCCCGGAUGUGAAGAGGACUCAGUAUUAUGAGCUCCAGGUGUUAUGAUGCAAACAUAUCAUCUUUGUGGAAGAACGUUUGGCACAAUGGAGAUUUAAAGAGGGGGUUGUGAAUUUAUUUUGCGUUUUCCCUCGUUUGUUUUUAUUUCUUGAUGUAAAUAAGUCUGUUUACUGACAAUGUGCCUGUACAUUUAAACUGGACCUUUUUUUUGAAUUAGCGGCAAGUUAUUUUAUUUUUGUUUUAUUUUUUUCUAAUUGAAAGUAAGGAAUUGCAUAAAUGUUUUAUGCUAGAACAUAUGGCCGUCGUCAUGAAAGGCCAAUGAUUCACUCAGGGUCAUCUGUUGAGUUAAAUCUUACAUCCUCCAACUCAAGAGUCUGCUAAGGGAUCAAUCCGUAUGGUCUUUGUAUCUACAAAGUAUCAAACCUUAAAAUCAUUGUUUAGAGAUGUUAAGAAGGGAAUUGUGCAUUUAUUUAGCGCAUGUUAAAGAGUUACGCUAUUAAGUGUGAAAUUCACCCCAAAUAACAAAUCGAUAAAAUAUUUCCCAAAGAUUUCAAACAGUUCUACUGAGAUUUGUGAUCAUGAGGAUCCCAGCUAUACAACACACACAUUUUCAGAUGCAUUUGAAACAUUUUACUUUGAUUCAGAAAUCUCUUUUUCUGUAUCUAUUCACUGUCAAAAACUAAACUAAUCUUAAUAUUCAUAGAUUAGAAUGAAAACUGUGAACCAAAAAUGUCCGUGAUUUGAUACUGUAGGUAAAGAGGCAAUAGGUCAUUUAUCACUUGCAGAGCGUUUAUUCGUGAGGAGGAGGUGAUCUGUAAUUAACCUAAAUAUUAAAGUCUCAUUUUCACAUAGACUAAAUAAGAGAGAUCUAGAGAUACAGCAGAAUAUCUGCCUAAUAUGGUGAUUCAAGAUGAGACUUCAUAGACUAAAUAAGAGAGAUCUAGAGAUACAGCAGAAUAUCUGCCUAAUAUGGUGAUUAAAGAUGCUUCUUUAUUGGCUUUCUUGGCUUGAUAAGUAAACGUGUUGCUAGUGUAGCUUCUUGUAGCUUGUAACACAAUUACCCACAGGUGUGGCCGGUGUGGGAUUAAAUAAAUAUGUUUUCAGGAAGUUCACUUAUCUCUAAUAUAAAAAUAAAACUUUAAAAGCACACAUUUAACCACACAUUCAAAAUGUUGUUUCAAAGUAAGAUUUCUGUCGCUUCUGCAAAUGUGGUCUUUUAGUGAAGAAGUAAAAUUGCUCUCUAAAUGAUGUAAGUGCAAAUUUCUAUCAAGUUUAGACAUUUGUGUUAACUCCUCAUGUUCAUAAGUCAACAGUUAACUGCCCAAAUAGUCAAGGGUGUUUUUUAAAUGGGAUUUCUGUUUUACAGUGAUAUUAUUUAAAAUGAAUUGUCCUGCUUUCUGUAAGGAAAAACAUCCUCGAGACAAUAAUGUCUUUUUUUUUUUUUUUUUUUCCCCACUAACUUCUGAAUUUUCCUUAACUAAUUUGUAUGUUUGAGGGAACAUCAUGUUUAGGAUCUGAGGGGAAGUAUUUUUGGUGUGAGAGGUUUGGGGACUGGAACUGUUUAAAGGCAGUGGUGAAGGACUUGUUGAUUCUGUUCAUAUCCAGAGGAUUUUGUUUUGAUGUAAAUAAUCCAAAUUCAAUAUUAAUAUUUAACUCUUAAAAAAACUGCACGUUUUGUACACUGUAUAGAAAACACAACUUGGAACGGAAGUUGUUUAUACUGGAUCUUUAAAAAUGAGAAAAUCUUGACAAUGUUUACUUCAGUUUUGCAUUGUUUGUACAGAACUCUAGAGAUUUAGGAUGGAAAGAGCUGAUGCUGAACACGGUGUCUUUCACUGAUAACAUGCCUGGAACCGGUUUUGAUAACCAAUAACAAAGCUAUACUUGGCUGGCUAUGAAGUUGACUGUUACAUUUAAAAAAAAAAAUUGUAUUUUUCCUGCAUUGCGAUACAUUCUUAUAAGCUUUUUGAAUUGUGUAGAUUUCGUACACAGCAUUACAAGCACUACAGUGGAAAACAACACUGUGCACAUUGCUUUAAGGCCUGUAAUGUUAAUGUAAAUAUUGCAUUUUAGAACUUUUUUUUUUUUUUUUUUUUUUUUUUAUAUAGAAAGUUGUUUUCUGGUUGAAUGUGUGGUUUUCGUAGGUUGAAUAUUUAAUUCACAAAUAAUCAUUUAGUGUUGCCUUUUUCCCAAUGACCAAAAUCCAAUGUCUUAUGAGUAUUGUACACAUUGAUCUUAGUGUCAGGGAUGAGUAAACUUUUCUUAAUGCUGGCACACUUUGUACAUAUAGACUUGUUAACAUCACGAAAACCUCCUUUUACUCACAUGUACACGUAUACACUUGACUAAAACAAUUUUUAUAUUGUCGGGGAAACGAGUAUGGAUGCAUGUUUUUGAUAUAGAUAUACACACAAACACAUAAGGGCUUUUAAAGUGCAAAAUUUGACAUCUGCAAAGAGGUUCAAUCAAAGUAGACUGGAUUUCCUGCCAGAGCUAGGCUAUGUUUACAUUUGCUAUAGUGUUCUGAAGCCUUCCAAUUAUGUACUGUCUUGCACUCCCUCACACAUGUUAACAUUUGUCUGCCUUGUGUGACUGCACCAAUGGCAACUACUACUCCCCACUCCACAUGAACUGAUAUUCACACAGACGUGCUACCUAGUAAGUUACUCCAUCCACUUCUGACAGCCUAUACUAGAGCGUUGCAGACAAUCUAGCUUUCCACCUUCUCUGAUGGCAGAGAAACUCACUUUUAAUAGUAUAACCUGCGAUUUAUUUUUUAUUUUUUUAUCUGCAAUGAGAUUUAGAGUGUUUUUGUGUUUGGUUUGCUGGGUUCAGUUGUAACUUCAUUCAAUACACUUUGGUCUGAGGUGUUUUACCCUUCUUCUUUAGUAUCUGCAUUACCUUUUAAUGCCCUUCACAUAACGGUCGUCUGGUUGAGCAUUUGGCAUCAAUAAUCAUUUCAUGUGAUGGACAAACGUAUCAAAGCUGUAGCCUAAUACUUAUAAGUGCCCGGUUUGUUUUGCAUUCAAGUCAUAAGCCACAGACCACUGUAAUGCAUGACUGAAGAUGAUCACACUUGUAAUCAGAGGGAAUGGAUGUCCUUUUUCCUCAAUCUAGCAAUUACAUCGAUGAAUAAAGUUUUCAUAUCACUACAUAGAUCACUAUUCUAUAUGAUCUUAUGCAAUGUUAAAAAUUUACAAACUAUGAGGUUAAGGGGAUAGAUCUAUAUGGUAUUGCAUAAGGUAAACCCAAUAAAAAUGUUGUCAUUCA